UCGUCAAAGUCAUCUAGUUUUCUCUCUAUGAAAACGCAGGGUUAGCAUGAUUUUGGCUACCGGUUUGGAGGACGAGUGCGACAGUGCGAAGAUCACGAUGGUGGCACACCAAAAACGUACCGUUUCGCCUUGGGAUAUCAUGGCUAGUCGACAUGUUGGCUCUUGUCGUAGUCCGCCAGCGACUCUGCUUCCCGCGGAACUUCUCAUCGAGAUAUUCAAGCAUACACUCCCGGAUGUGCACGCUUUCUGGAAAUUUGGCGCGCCCUUUGGAUUCCGACCUCAUUCCGUACCUCCCUCGGACGCUUCACUAUACCUACGCUCUCCCGUAGUUCUCAUCGCGGUCUGUCGGCGAUGGAAGGCGAUUGCAGAGGGCGCACCAGAGCUCUGGACUAGAGUUUUUGUGGAUGACUUCGAACGUCGGGAACUGCAUUGGGCGGCCCUCCAUGUGAAGCACUCCGUCGACCGUCCCCUCACAGUGCAUAUCAAUACCUGCAAAGGCAACAAGUCUGUCGAAUUCUGGCGUGAGAAGCACCCAUUGUUCACGCAGUUGCUGCACAUCGUCGUGCCACAUGCGCAUAGGUGGCAUGAACUCGUGCUCCAUGCGAAGUGGUUCACCCAACAACACUUUGACAUCCUUCUGUCAGCAUCCGUGCCAUCCUUGCAGUCUGCCAGAAUCGUCGAUGGUCCGUCCUAUGGAGUGGAGGAUGAGGCGUGGCGAUGGGCCUUAUCAUCGCCUGCUCUUCGCUGUGCCGCUCUCGCAAUACUGCCCCCACUUGAUGUCUCGUUCGGCUCCUGGCGUAGCGUUCGCGAGUUUAGCAUCUGUAACACCGCAUCUGCCGUCGCGCACAUUCUGCUUCUUCUGCAUAUCUGCCCACAAAUUGAGGUCCUCCACUUGGAGACGCUCGGCGACGCGGAAACGCUGCUAGCACAGCUGGUACCCAGGCUCCCACUGACUGUCAGUGCUCCAAACCUUCGAACUCUCAGCAUGACAUUGAGCUCUGUCUCGGAUGCACGCGAGUUCGUUGAACGCCUCCGGGAUGUGCCAUGCUUACGCGAUCUCGCGCUCAACGAUGACUCCACGGCCGCAAAGUCUCAAAUACAGACUCGAUUCUGGUCCUCUGUUGGGAAUCUGCUCGUGCGAUCUGGGGCUAAACUACAGCGCUUCGUCUUCACGGGGCGCGUGCAGCAGCUCGUUGACCUCCUCCAAUUGGAGCCCUUGUAUGAUCUGCAAGAGCUGUCUGCGUGCAGAAUGGCCGUGCCUAGCCGGUUCACCGACAUGCUGACCAUCGAUGAUACCAAGCGAUGGCUCCCUCACCUCGCGAAGCUAUCCCUGGGUACCUGCUGGAGCGACCCUCGGAGAACGCUGGAUAACAUGGUGCUAUCUCGUAAAGGCAUUCUGCGCGCCCUGCACAUCCAGACACUAGCGCAGCCCUACGACACGACGAUUUUGAAGGAGGCGGGAAAAGAGUGGCUUGCUCUUACUAUAGGACCUUGACGAAAGGGAGCAUCCAUUGCUGGGUGCUCCGAAGUUGACAUAUCACGCGUGGUGCACGUGAUAGCUAUGGGGUAACAACGCGGUGGUCGUUGAAUCCGAACGGUGGUCGCCUGGACGGACUCUGCUGCGGUCGCACCGACUGAUGAUGAGAUAAUCUCUAGCGUACACUUCGCGUUGUUUUUCUACGAUAGCCGAGCAGAAGAAUUGCGGAUUUUUGUUGUUGUUG